AUGCAGUUUCUGUCGCCUAAAUACAGCCGUCGCACCGGCCACUAUGGCCGCAGCAUAGAGAAUCGCUCCCAUAUCCUCUUUGAGGUCAUCAAUGGGAUACGCGCCGCGUGCCGCAGCGACUUCCAGAUCGGCCUGCGAGUCUCAAUGGAGCGGUACGGAUACGGCGUGUCCCUGGUGGAGAUGCGCGAGGUUGUAGCUCGGGCGCUCCGCUCCGUGAGCAGUCCAUUGACUAUCUUGACCUCGCUGUCUGGGAUUAUCGGAAGCCGGCGGCGGAAGAGCCGUAUUUCGGCCGUUCCCUGCUAA